AUGGGUGACAACGAGGUCCCAGCUAGGAGAGUCGUCGCAGACUACGCCCGGCCGAACGCUGCCAACGGUCGAUCCAGCAUUACCCGACCCGCUAUCGGAGUUAAUCGCUGGCAGAUUCCGCCUCAGGUCAUCACGAUGGUUACAAACACCAUCCAGUUCCAUGGGUUACCUUCUGAGGACCCGAAUGUCCAUAUCUCUCGCUUUUCAACUAUUUGUGAUACAUUUCAGGAGCAGGGCAUCACCGAAGACGCCUACAAGCUGCAUCUAUUUCCAUUCUCGCUUGCUGACCGUGCUCAUGCUUGGUUGGAAUCCCUUCCUGCGGGAUCCAUCACCACUUGGGCCGGGAUGAAAGACAAGUUCUUAGGCAAGUACUUUCCUCCUUCCAAAACCGCUCGUCUGAGGAGCAUGAUUCAAGAGUUUCGCCAGAAGGAGGGAGAGUCUUUCUAUGAGACAUGGGAGCAUUUCAAGGAACUGCUGCUUAAGUGUCCUCAUCAUGGAUUCGAGGAUUGGGCUUUAGUUGAGAAGUUUUAUCAUGGAGUGACGCCCGCCACGAGGAAUAUGCAUAACACCACUGCUGGUGGCAAUCUGAUGACCGCCAAAACACCAGAGGAGUGCACUGAGAUAUUCGAGGACAGAGCGAUGAGUAGUUACGAGUUUCCUGAUUCCAAAGAUUCGUCCACUACACAAAGAGGCGUGCAUAAGGUUGAUGAUACCACUAGGAUGCAAGCGCAGAUUGACGCCCUGAUGAAAAAGAUGAAUGAUAUGGAGUCAAAGAAGGAACAGAACAAUUUCGGGGAUCGUUACAAUUUGGAUUGGAAGAACCACCCGAAUUUCAGCUGGAAGAACAACAACCCACCGGGGUUUCAGGUGCGUCAGAAUUUGUUUCAGGACACAGGAGCAGGAGCGAGUUCGGGAGACACAUUCGAGGUUCAUGGAGCACGAGACCUUCAUGAAGAGUCAGAGCACUGCACUGCACUGCAGAACCUGGAGAGGACAGUCGGUUCGCUGGCCGAUCAGCUGAACCAGAGACCUCAAGUUGGUCUCCCUAGUAGCACUGUUAGAAAUCCAAACGCCACUACAAAGGCUGUUACUACGAGGAGUGGGCGAGGAGCUGUCGAGGUCGAGUCGAUAGUUGAUGAGGAACCGGUCCUCGAGGAGAUUGAGAUGGAGACCCCUGCUGGCAAAGUGCACGAGAGGCUGCACCCAGCAAGUACAGCACAGUCCAGCGGGUCUUCAGGAGAGAAGAACGAGGAGAAAAAGGAGCCGAUGAGGGUGUAUAAACUGACACCCCCUUACCCAGGUCGGUUGAUAAAGGGUAAGGAUGCAGAGCAGUAUGGAAAGUUCCUCGAGAUGUUGAAGAAGCUACACGUGAAUAUUCCAUUCGUAGAGGCCUUAUCGAAGAUGCUGAAGUACGUGAAGUUUCUCAAGGACUUGCUCACGAAUAAGAAGAAGCUGGAGGACCUUUCAACUGUCACAUUGAGCGAGGAGUGUUCUGCCGUCUUGCAGAACAAGCUACUGAAGAAGGUUUCUGAUCCUGGUCGUCCAUUCCAUGCCACUGAACGCGCACUCAUUGACGUGCACGACGGCAAGUUCACUCUUCGAGUUGAUGAGGAUGAAGUCACAUUCGACAUUCAGCGUUCUAUGAGGCAUACCCAACAGCAUGAUGACACUCUAUACUUUAUCGAUACUCUUAUGUCACAUGUGGGUAGCCUCCUCAGCGAGAUUUGCGGGAAAGAUGCGUCCGAUACGCAGGUUGCGAGUGUGGAUGAUUAG